AUGUCAAAAGCUGCUCGUGUUUUGAAGUCCACUUUUGGUCUGCAGGUGGCUGUGGUUGCGGCCACACUUGGGCUAGCUACCGGGGCCUAUUAUGUAGCAGACUCGAAAUCGGCAAUUCAUGAGUACGUUUUUUGUCCUCUCAUUCGUUCGGUGACAGAUGCCGAAGAGGGUCAUCGUCUUGGUAUUUUCCUCAUGAAGUAUGGUUUAUGUCCAUGGGAGUUUGAAAAACCUGGCAGGGAAAAAAUCCUCGGAGUAAAUGUGUUGGGUACUCGGUUAUCUUCGCCGAUUGGGUUGGCAGCUGGGUUGGAUAAAGACGGAGAAGCCAUUGAUUCUUUGUUUGAUACUGGGUUUUCGUAUGUGGAAAUCGGGUCAAUUACCCCAGAGCCUCAACCUGGUAACCCAAAACCGCGAUUUUUUAGGUUACCUCGUGACGAAGCCGUUAUCAAUCGGUACGGCUUCAACUCGUCUGGUCACUUUAAUGUGUUGUCUACACUCAAAAUGCGGUUUGCCAAGCUUUUCUACCGGUCAGAAAACCAGGAAGCCAACUCGUUCCGCCCGGGAAAACUCUUGGGUAUCAAUCUCGGAAAAAAUAAGUUUGGUGAUGAAGUUGAAGAUUAUGUCAAGGGAGUGUCGAGAUUAGGACCUUAUGCUGAUGUGUUAGUGGUCAAUGUCUCGUCUCCUAACACCCCUGGGCUUCGAGACCUUCAGUCUGAGGGAAAGCUCACAAACUUGCUCUCGACUGUGGUUCAAGAGCGUAAUGCUGUAGGAAAGAAUAUGGUGGGUAAGGUACCAUCAGUACUUGUCAAAGUUGCUCCAGAUUUGACUGAGCCUGAAAUCGAGUCCAUUGCCAACUCUGCCAUCCAGGCAAAAGUCGAUGGAAUUAUCAUCUCGAACACAACGAUCCAAAGACCUACCCAGUCUCUACUUACUACCGACUCCAAUCUCAUAAAUCAAACUGGAGGAUUAUCUGGCAAACCCUUGAAACCACUUUCGCUCAAGGCACUUCGCACUCUACACAAGUACACCAAGGACAGUAAUCUUGUACUUGUUGGUUGCGGUGGUGUAUCUUCAGGAAAAGAUGUACUCGAAUUUGGUAAAGCAGGUGCUUCCAUUGUACAAUUAUAUACUGCUUUUGCUUACCGUGGGCCAGGUCUUCCGCUGAAAAUUAAGGACGAGCUUGUGGAGGAGUUGCAGAAGGAGGGCAAGACAUGGCAGGAGAUAAUCGGAACGGGAAAUUAA